AUGACUUUUGUGAAGAAAUCAGAGGCGUAUCUACAGUACCUUAAACUUGGUGCUGAGGGGCUGGCCCUCCCUCCAUUUGCUGAAAAUGCCAUGGGAUACUUAGUGAUCUACCCCGGAGAGGUCUAUUGCAGAGCACCUGGUUGCCCCAAGGCCAAGGAAGCGUACUCCAGCCUCAAUAAUCUGAAGAAGCAUAUCCAGAGUGCACACAGCAAGAAAUACACCAUCCAUACCACCAGCGGAGGGGCUCCAACUAUAGAGGAGCAGCAGGAGGCUAUCGAGUGGUACCAGAAGCUUCUUGAGGAGGAGGAGAAACCAGAGCUGCCUGCUCUCCCCUUGAAGAAAGAUGGCACUGUUCACAUCAAGAAUAUGAAAGCCAUGUUGAAGGAGAUGGGUGUGGGCGUACCUUGCAGCGAAUGUAAGAAGCGCAAGAAGAAUCGAACUUGCUGUUCCUCGAACAGCCAGGAGUGGUGUGAGAAUUUCGAUUACUUUGCCAAGGAGGAUGACAAGGGCAAGGCCAAGGAGGUAGAGGAGGAGAGCGAGGCAGAGAGUGAGGGGGAGGAAGAAUCGGAUGAUGGUAACUAG